CUGCGCAUGUCCGUGACACAACUUUACUUGCACAUGCGCAGUCCCCGCUGAGUAACAGCAGUAAAGUAAUGAUGGCGUCCUCAGCAGCUCGCUGCUCCACUCGUUGGAUAACAGUUGCUGUGUCCUCUGGUCACCGUCGUGCUUGUCGUGCUCUGGCCCCUUCUUCCAAUGGAGGCUCAAGAAGUCUGUCGACUUUUGGAGCACAGAAAUUCUGGCCGGGAAGCAAUGCAAUGCGUGGAGGCACGGGGAAUGCGUUGACAUUGAGAGGGCUAUCAGGUGUUAAAUCUCCCCAUGUCAUCUGCACACUGUCCUUCCACACAAGUGCCCCAGCCUCCAACAAACAGGACUUCUACACGGUGUUGGAGGUACCACGCACUGCCACCCAGAAAGAGAUCAAGAAAGCGUAUUAUCAGAUGGCUAAGAAGUAUCACCCUGACACCAACAAGGAAGACCCUAAGGCCAAGGAGAAAUUUGCUCAGCUGGCUGAAGCUUAUGAGGUGCUGAGUGACGAGGUGAAGAGGAAGCAGUAUGACACGUACGGGGUGGCAGGGUUCGACGCCAGCCAGGCGGGCGGUGGUGGACACCAGCAGUACUGGAGCGGACAGGCCAACAGCGUGGACCCAGAGGAACUGUUCCGCAAGAUCUUUGGGGAGUUCUCUGGAAGCCGUGGCUUCGGCGACUUCAAUGCCGUAUUUGAUCAGCCCCAGGAGUUUAUCAUGGAGCUGACGUUCACCCAAGCUGCCAAGGGGGUCAACAAAGAGAUGGCGUUCAACACUGAGGCCAGCUGCCAGCGAUGUGAUGGCAAAGGGAGCGAGCCUGGCACCAAGGUUGUGCACUGCCACUACUGCAACGGCUCUGGCAUGGAGACUGUGAACACGGGCCCCUUUGUGAUGCGGUCGACAUGCCGUCGGUGUAAUGGGAAAGGCACUGUGAUCUCCACCCCAUGUAACUCCUGUCACGGGACCGGACAGACCAGACAGAAAAAGACAGUAAUGGUCCCUGUCCCAGCAGGUGUUGAGGACGGUCAGACGGUCAGGAUGCCUGUGGGGAAGAAGGAGGUGUUCAUCACGUUUCGGGUCCAGAAGAGUCCAGUGUUCAGACGGGACGGCGCAGACAUCCACUCUGACGUGCUGAUCUCUGUGGCUCAGGCUGUACUGGGGGGCACGGCCCGGGCACAGGGCCUCUACGAGACAGUCAACCUCUCGAUCCCUGCUGGGAUCCAAACAGACCAGAGGAUCCUCCUCUCUGGGAAGGGCAUCGCACGGAUCAGUGGCUAUGGUUACGGAGAUCACUACGUCCACGUCAAAGUCCGAGUCCCCAAGAUCCUGACAGACAGACAGAAAGCUCUGCUCAUGAGCUAUGCAGAGGAUGAGACUGAAGUGGAGGGGACAGUCAAUGGUGUCACAAGCACCACUGCAGGUGGGGGCAGUGGUAAGCAGCCUGAGGCAGGGCAGGACAGGCAAGAGGAGGUAGGAGAGAGCAAGCAGGAGCAGGGCUUCUUCACCAAGUUAAAACAAUUGUUUAGUUCCACCUGACAGUCACAAACCAGGUAAAAGGUCCACUGGGAACUGAGGCGAGUGUCCGAGGGUAGAGAGAUGAUGCCCUAAGAAGACAGCCGCAAGGAGAGACCAGAUAUGGGGACAGGUGGUGGGAGAGUGUUGGAGGGAUGAUGUCUACUGUAUCCUACUCUGGCACUGGACAAGACCGGUUACCCCAGAUCUACCUUCACAGAUCUCCUUUCAUCCUUGAUCAGUUCCAUAGCAGUGGAAGACAAUGGACUGAAACAGAAUGUGGUCCUAACUCAUACCUGCUGCCUAAAACCCAAAUCCAAGAGGAAAUAUGCUCUGGAAGUACCAGGAAGUGACUGCCCCUUAGGCUUGUAGUUUUUUGGAUGGUGUUAAAUGUGCAAAAAUGUUGCGCAAUGGUCUUCCAACAUAUCAUAAAAGGCAUCGGGCAGAAGUACAUUCAUCCACAAAUAUAAUUCUACAUCUUAAAUGACCACAUGUUCAAAAGAUUGGGGUAUGUGAUCCGUACGUAAAGUGAACGGGGCGGCAAAUUUAACAGGGUAUUCCAUAGAUUUUCCUAAUGUUCCUGUCCAUCAGAUUCCUAACCGUGUGAUAGCAGCGCAGUCAGUCAAGGUAUGGUCUGUCUGCUGUCUUUGAGGAAUGCACUGUUGCCAGUGAUGGCUAAAAACAUGGAUAUACAAAACAUUAGACACCUCCAUAAUAUUGAGUUGCACCCCCUUUUUCCCUCAGAACAGCCUCAAUUCAUCAGGGAAUGGACUCUACAAUGUGUCAUGCGUUCCAUAGAGAUGCUGGCCCAUGUUGACUCCAAUGCUUCCCACAGUUGUGUGAAGUUGGCUGGAUGUCCUUUGGGUGGUGGAUCAUUCUUGAUACACACAGGAAACUGGAAAAACCCAGCAACACUGCAGUUUGUGACACUCAAACUGGUGCGCCUGGUACCUACUAUCAUACCCUGUUCAAAGGCAUUUCAAUCUUUUGUCUUGCUCAUUCACUCUGAAUGGGUCACACACACAAUACAAGUUUGUGGUCUCAAAGCUUAAACUUCCUCCUUUAACCUGUCUCCUCCCCUUCAUCUACACUGAUUGAAGUGUCAUUAAUAAGGGAUCAUAGCUUUCACCUGGUCAGUCUGUCAUGGAAAGAAGUUAUUCCUAAUGGUUUGUACACUUAGGGUAUAAGAAUAGAAAAUCCAUUUGAUUUAAAAGGCCUGUGCUGCAAUAAGGAGCUUUGUUAUGGUUGAGAUCCUCCUGAUUUCUUAAUGUGUAAUAAGUUCUGUAAAGUUAACUCUGCUUCCUAUCUAGCUAGCCACUGCAAUGAGUUGUACCAACCUAGUAACAGCAUUAGUACUGUCAAACAGCUAUGGUGAGAUAAAGAGGAAGUUGUCUGGCUGAUAUACCUUUCUGUUACAUAAGUGUCAUAUGUGUGGAGAUGCAUUUGGGUCUAAGAACCCAGUCAUCCAGGAUGGGCAUGACUCAAACCAGUUGGAUCAGAUGUGGCUGGACCUCUUCCCUCCUACUCUGCUCCUCGUCAACCCUUUCUCUCUUGAUGAAUCUGAGAAUUCACUCAAAGCAGCACACUUUCAUGUACCUCCAUUCUGCCUCGUUAUUUGUAAAUACAGAGCUGUUGAUAUUGCAAUCAUACCAAUGUGUCAUGUUAGAGAAGUAAAUAACAUCUAUAAUUAAAGUGAAAUCUAAAUGAA